AUGGAAGCGGUACCGAGAUUGCCGAUGAUAUGGUUCCAUUUAAAGGUUAGCACGGAGCCCACCUCUUUCGGACCAAAACUCAAACAGUAUAUACGAGACUUUUAUAAUGAGGACGCUGAGUCGUAUACGAAUGAGAUACAUCAAUUAGAGAGCCUACGUGCGAUGGCGAUUAGACCACCCAUAGAUAUGGCUGGUUGUGUAUUAUUGAAGAAAUAUUACUGCCAGUUGCAAUUUCUUCAAAGCAGAUUUCCCAUGGGCAAGGAUGGUGUUGCUGCAGUCACAUUUACUUGGAGAGACACUUAUGCAAAUAUGGUGUGUUCAUUGGCUAACAUACGUUUUGAGAUAAUAUCUAUUUUAUACAAUAUUGGUGCAAUACAUACCCAGUUGGGUUCGCGUACGGAAAGAAUCAGUGCAGACGGUAUGAAGAUAGCAUGCACUCAUUUCCAAUGCGCAGCAUGGGCUUUUGAUCACUUGAAGACUAAUUACCCACAACCAUCUGGUUUGGACUUAGCACCGGAAGUAAUGACUUUUAUGCAUCAGCUUUGCUUGGCUCAAGCUCAAGAAUGUAUAUUAGAGAAGAGCAUGUUGGAUAAUCGUAAGCCGACGAUUGUUGCAAAAGUUGCAAAGCAAAUAGUAGAUUACUUUACUCUGGCAUUGAACACAUUGGAGCAAGGUGGAGGUGAAGAUGGAACUAUAUCUGAUACUGUGGGCACCAAAUUUUAUAAGAGCUGGAAGUAUUACGUCAACUUUAAGAGAGCGUACCACUUGGCAGUUACACACCUCUAUCAAGGCCUUGCCGCUGAGGAACAAAGAAAGAUGGGAGAACGAGUAGCUUUUUACAAUGCUGCGUUAGCAUCUCUUAGUGAAGCACAUAGCAUUUAUUCAAACGCUAAAGGGUUGAUUGGCAUGUCUAGUACCUCGAAGGGAAAAUCUGUUGUGGAAGAAGCACUUACGUUCACCAACGAUGUGAUAGAAGGCAAAAGGAAAGCUGCUAAAAACGAAAAUGAGUUUAUCUAUCAUGAAGAAGUUCCAGAGAAAGAAGUACUUCCGUCGGUGAAAGGUGCUUCUUUAGUUAAAGGCGUGCCAUUCAAUAUAAAUGACCCAGAAGUCUCGGGACCAGAUAUAUUUGCAAGAUUAGUUCCUAUGAAAGUACACGAAGCUAGUUCUCUCUAUUCCGAGGAGAAGGCCAAAAUACUACGUUCCGUUGGAGCCAAAAUCGAAGAGAAAGAUCAGUAUCUGAACACUUAUCUGACUUCUUUAAAGCUGGAACAUAUGAACUUUUGGGAUCCUGAUACACAAACGUCAGAUUGGGAGUGCCUACCUCUCCCUGAGGAACUAGUCGAACGAUGCGCAGCGCUUAAUGCUAAACAGAACGUCAUUCAGGAUCUAGUAGAUAUUAUGGGGAAACUCUCUGAAACAAGCCAAGAUGUCGAAAGAGUAUUAAAAGAAAUAUCGAAACUUCUGUUAGAUGAAGAAUUAAAAGAGAAGCAGUAUCAAGACGCAGUAGGCAAAAGACCGCCAUCCAUAGUAGCGACAGAUUUAACUAGAGAAGCUAAGAAGUACGAGGAGGCGCAUAACAAAGCCUCAGAGAGCAAUCAAGCUCUUCACAAAGCGAUAACAAUGCAUGUGAAAAACCUGAAGAUCCUCGCGCAACCAUUAGCUGAUCUGAUGGCACAUGUCCCUUCUCCGAGCACAUAUCUGUCGGAUCAAAGUUCCGAGAAGUCGCAAAACUCGAAGGAGAUAGAGAAGAUGCACACUAAAGAGCUGAAACGCAUAUUGAACAAAGUGGACGAAAUGCGAAUGCAGAGGCAUGAGCUGCAUACCAAAUUGCGGGACUCGAUAGCGCAGGACGAUCUAACGCGCUUGCUAGUCACGGCGACUUCCGAAUCCAAUCCUCUCGACCGUCUGUUCGCCGACCAGCUCAGCAAGCAUCAGAGUUUGGUGAAUUUAAUAGAACAAAAUCUUGCCGCGCAAGACAAUAUACUGGCGGCUCUGACCGACGUGUACGCACAGACCGCGAACGUACGCAAGAACGUCGAGGAGGUGCUGAAGCGUCGAGAGAUCACGAUAUCAUCCCUGAUCACGUCUUAUGACGCGUACGAGGAUCUGCUGGCGAAAUCGAGUAAGGGCUUGGAGUUUUAUAGGAAGCUAGAAAUCAAUGUUUCGAAGCUGUUACAGCGAGUCAAGAGUACGUGCAAGGUGCAAGAAGAGGAACGGGAGCAGAUACUCGCGCAGGACAGUAAGAACACAUACGAGAAGACUGAUGCGACGACACCGUCGACCUACGAUCAAGGACGUCCUCCUCGUUCCAAUGGCCUGAAGCUGAAGGACUACCUGAACAACAGAAUCGAGAGCGGCACCGGCUAUCAGAAUCCUUACUACAACCUGUACAAAGGACACGUCACGGCGAUGCAAAUGGACUCAAUGCCGAAGACACUGUCGACUGACAUAGCGGAUAAUAAAGGAGGUCUCAUCCAGUCAUCUGGUGUGAUAACCGCCACGUCAGAGGCGCCAUCUUCUUCGGUCAAGUCGUCGCAGCACUAUUACCCCGCGAGCUAUGCCGAUUAUCGAGCCACGGGUUCCCCGUACUCCUACAAUACUCAGACCUACUACGAGAAUCCAAUCGCCAACAGUGGCAUGAGUCAGAGUUACUUGCCAACUAAUAACACGAUCGCCACGAGUGUCUACCAGCAGCCGAUCUUCUCGGCUUCGAGCGCAAGCGCAUCUACCUCGGGCAUGCAGUACCCCGCGAGUUCUUACCCGCCGAAUGGCCAAGCGUUGCCUACGUCUACCAACGGACAGGACAAGUACCGUAGUGCAUCACAAGCCGCUUACAACGUCUCCAACACCGCUCUUCAGUAUGACGCGUAUCACCAGCCUCCGGCGGGUUACAAUAGUUACAACGUUGCAACGCCGUACGCUCCUAAUCAGGACAAGGUCGCCUCGCAAGGUCUCGCUACAGUGAAGACUGUAGCUUCGAUACCGAAAAUAUCGUCGCAGGUUCAAGUGCCGCAGAUACCUGUAUCUACGAUCAGUAUUCCUGCGAACGUCACGGUACCGGUAGACGGCCAGCCGCAGACUUCUUACAGCGUCAUGCAGCAGGAUCAACAAUACGACACCCAACAGAAGACUGUCUUGCCGGGCCAAGAAAUGUCUCAUACUGGCCAGACCGCAGUCAGGCCCCAACCGACUCUCUCCACAAAGGACAACACGUCGACGCAGAACUACUCGUUGCCCCAAGCCGAGCUCACGUACUCGCAGAACUAUCCAAGCAGCGCGUACUACAAUCCGGCGGAACUUCAAGCAACUCAGCGAGUCCCGUAUACUCAUAGCACGUACGACGCGACGCAGUACAUGCAGCAACCGAGCGCCAACACCCAGCCGGUGCACUCUGUGACGUCAGCGAGCGAGAUCUCUGCGGCAUCGUACGCCUCGAAUCUGCAGUCAGCCGGCGCGGUGAAUCCUUCCGCGCAGUAUCCGCAGCAGACCACCAGCAGUACGGACCAGGCCAAGCAAGUGUACGCGGACAACACAUACGCCACGUACGGCACGCAGGUGCAGAUGAACCCGGUCGCUCCGGGUUACCCGAGUACUUAUCAGAAUUAUCAGCACGGCAUCACCGCUGCCACGCCGUACCAACAACCGAGCGGCAUGCAAGCCGCGGACGCGUCCAACGCUUACGCUUAUUUGAACAGCUCGAGCGGCUCGGAGAUGAUACAGAGCCACGCGAAGCCGACCACGGUGCAGAGUUACUCGCAGUCAUACCAGUAUUCGCAUCAGGACGCUUACGGCGGCUAUGUGCAGUACCCAGGCUAUUCGCAGGCUCAAAAUUACGCGUACAUGCAGCAGCCCGGUGCUCACGGCACCAGCACUAUGACGUACACAUAUAAUCCUGCUGGUCAGCCUGGCUACGCAGCUUACGCGGCUAAUAAUGCUCAGACCACGCAGGCUUCUCAAACGUUGGAGGCAGCGGCAGCGGCGACGGCCUCAGUACCGUCUGCUAGCGUCACCGCUACCUUGUCCAGUGGCUAUCAGCAGCAAGAGACGAACGCAAGAUACACGAACGCGGGCAACAACGCCGUGGUUACUCAAACAGCGUCUUCGCAGUACAGCCAAGUUCCUCAGUCUUCAGGAGGAAACGACACAUACUACACCACCCCUUACGGCCUUCAGAUGCAGCAGGGUCAAGUGGGCUCGGUCACGAGACCUGAAAACCACAGCAAUUACAAUCAGACGUACAUGCAGGCUGUGAACAACGGCACGAACACGACAACGAGCACGAAUCCGAUGAAACUCACUAUCAAAUCCGACGAGCCGAAAUCAAACGUUGAUCUCUUGUCCGAUCUCGAUAUCACCAUAAACCACGCGCCUCUUGUGCCGGAGGUGCGACCUCUCUCCACAGUGCAGAAGAAAGAAGAGACAGUGACUGCCGGUACUGCGGAGAACGGCAAGGCGGAGAAGAACGAGCAGGAUAAAGCUCAGAAGACUGAACAGGAGACGAUCUCGGCUCCCACCGAGGACAAGAACGACCACGAGAAUUUGCAAAUUGUAUGGGAUACCUGGUACAACGACGUGCAGCCGAAGAAGGAUCCUCUGGGAGAGCCGGCGGCACUGCAGAAGUUCAUUAAUGACGUGGAGAAGUACGAGAAGUUCGUGGACAGCCUACUCGUGAAGACUCUCAGUGGAGCUACGAAUCUUGAUAUCAAGUGGAAAGAAGUGCAGGAUUUUGAAGAACGAGAAAAUGGGAAGCAGUCGAGCACCGUAGCAUUGGCUCAUUCGUCGGAGAAUCGAGCGGUCGAUUGCAUUCCGUAUGAUACUACGCGAGUGCAGGUAUCCUCGUCGGACGUUUCGUCGUACAUUAACGCGUCGCACGUCAUGGAAAUCACACAGUGGAUACCUACUGCAUUUAUUAUAACCCAGAUGCCAUUGUCGGAUAAGUUAGACGUCUUCUGGGCGAUGAUUUGGGAACAAGAGAGCGAGGUUAUCGCUUGCUUGGCGUCCGAUGCACAGCUAAAUGGUGAGUUAUACUGGCCCAUAAAUGAAGAGAACAGUUUGGACGUGGGAAAUUUUAGGAUUUCGCUACAAAAGACUGUCAACCAUACAACUUACGUUCAACGAAUCCUCUCCAUACAACACAACAAGAAGAAAUCCGACAGAGUCGUUGUACACAUGCAGUUCCUCGUGUGGCCUUCAAAUGGUUUUCCAAGCAGCCCUGGCGCUUUACUUGGAUUUUCAACCGACGUGAUGACAGAACAGGCGUUGAGACGUUGCUCUCCCAAGCCAGUAGUUGUGCAUUGUUUGGACGGUGGUUCGUUAAGUAGCCUGUUUUUAGUGGCCGCUGCAACAGUAUGCCACAUACGAGCGGGUUGUGGAAUCGUAGAUGUGCCACUGGUCUUUAAGGGUCUGGUGAAAUGUCGCAAACAAGUUGUGAACAAAGAAUCGUUAUUGUUCGCAUAUAGAUUAGUUUUAUACCAUGCUCAGGACAUUUUAAUGAAACGAGGCAUCUUAUCGUCCACUCGAUCUACGUUUGAGAAUUUUGACGGGUUCAAAGGGAGCAAAGAAAAAGCACUCAGAAAGCUUCAUCAAUGUCAUCCGUCAGAUGAUUUUCUCCACAAUCUCGGCGUCGGAAUACAUCGUUCUGAUUCUGAACAAAGAAAUAUACAAGCAAAUGACAAUGCAACCAAUUCGGCGUCGUCGCAAGAAAAGAAUAAUGAAGGAGUCGUUGAUCCCUUGAGCCAGUUGGAUCCUCUAUGGUCUAUCAGGAGAUAAUUAUAUCGUGCUAGGAAUGUGUGAAUUCCGCUGUGCAGCUUUAAAUCAACGAUUAUUUAAACGAGAUAGUCAUUCCUAUAUCUUUGUUAAAGUGGUCGAAAAUGAGACGAGCUAUAAAAUAUGUAUAAAUGUCGCAACGGAACUAGAACAAAGUAAUACUGUGCAUCUAAAUUAGCCUCGAAAUAAAAAGACAUUUAUUCAAAUA